AUGCUUUCAAAAUAUCUAGGAAGUAGUUUAACAAAGGAUAAAUCUGCUCCUGCAAGUCCACCACCAGCAUCGGCAUUGUGUAUCCGAGAGUCUUUCAACUUGCAGACCAAUCAGAUCUCCAAAUAUGCAGUAGAAGCGAGAAGUAACGUUCGGUUCCUGACCAGCUUUGAAAAGUACUUCGGAUCGGUAUUCCACGACAGUCCGACACCGGAAGGUCAGAAGCAGGUUAAACGAUUUAACCAACUAGCAACUGUUCUGGUAAAAUACGAGGCAGUGAACUACCGCAAGUGGUGCAAAAGCCUUGAGGAUACCUCAUGUAAACUCCUUGAAUCUCCUCUCUUAACUCGUGACCCCGAGAGAGGCCAGUUUUCAGUAAACCCCCCCUUCACCACCUUGACCAUCAUUCGGGAGUCCCAGAUCCUCCGCAAACUCGGUCUCAAGGUGCCCAAGAUCGCCAUGGAGCUCCUACUCCAGGAGAGGGAGCUCAAGAACCAUAAUGAUCAACUUAAGGAGCAACUUUUGCGGUUUGAAAAACUGCAGCUUUGCAUUGCCCAGCCUAUGACGGCGAUAUUUCAGCCAUUUUUGAACGCAGUCGCCAAAAGUCUCUACCCCGGAGUGGCAGACAUCACUUGGAAUUCGAUGCAAUUUGAUAACUUUAUCAAGAAGGUGGCGUUGAGCUUAGACAAAUUUGAGCUCGUCGUGAAGCAAGCUAGAGAUUUACUGGAUUGUCGAAUCAACGUUCUUCUGACCGAGAUGUUAACAGUACUGCCUCUGGAUUUGAGAGAUUGCAAAGCCCUUUCAAUUGAAGCCUUUUUACAGAAUCUCACCUCCGUUCUGCCUUCUACCACCGUUGAGUUAAAUAUGAAGAGUAAGCUCGUGGAGAGCGCGGUGAACGAUCUUGUGGAGACAUUGAUGAACAAUCUCGACAAAGAGUAUGCGAAGGUUCUUUCAAAAGAGAAUCACUUUAGCUGCUCAAAUCCUACAAAGAAGGGUAAUAGAUGCAACCAUUGCCUCAACUGCCUCUUUUUCGAUCUGCUUAGUCAAUUCAGCCAACGAAAUAUUGAGGCAGUUAUUACAUAUUUGUUAGGAAUCUUGGAGGAAUUGAGAUCACGUCUACAGGCGGAUGUAUCAAAGCCAGGUUUCAUUUCCUCCGAAUCGAAGGCGUCAGUGGAAAACGAGGCUUUCUUCGUGUUGGAGAUGAGUCUAGAAAUUCCCAACAUCGUUUGUCGACCAUCACUAACUGAUUUGCAGGCGGGUCUGAGCAGAGCCAUCAAUAUGAUUCUUCGUGUUUCUGACGGUAUUCAGCCAUGGGAUCAUGUCAAACAUUGCCAGAUGUUAUUUAAGUCCAUUCCUUCGAGUCUCCUUCGGCCUCUACGAAAGCUGGUGCAAGAAAAUAAGAAUAUCAUCAAGGUAGUGGCUGACUUGAACUCGUGCGUUACCUACUACUCCGGUGAUAUAGCCAGGCUUGUGAACGAACUCUCCUCUGAUUUCUCCUAUCUCUGGAAGGCAGCUGAUCCACUCAGUUUUGCAAAGGAGUUCAUUGAUAAGAAACCAUCAAUCUCGGAAGUAGGUGAUGAGUUACGUCGAUUCAAGCAUUGGUGCAAUUGCUUAAAGGCUUUUGAAGAGGCAUCUUUGAAACUGCCUGCAAGUUAUCGAUUGGGUUCACUCCUGCUCAGAACAGAGGCAAUGAAAGACAGUCUCAUCGCGGAAUGCCGUUCCUGGCGAUUAGCUAUUGGUAGUGCUUUGAAUACCAAAUGUGGGGUUAAAAUGACAUCAGCUUUGGAUAAGAUGGAAGAUCUACUGAAACGUCUCCAGCGUCCAGUGAAGGAUUUGGACGAUAUAAGGGCGAAGAUGGCAGCUCUGGAUGAAUUCCGCCAAUCAGAAAUUGACCUUGAAUUGUUCCUAAUCGAACCCAUGGCGGAGGCCUAUUCCCUUCUGGCUAGCUUUGAUGUCCACUUCACUGAUGGUAACGCAGAACGGGUUGAGAGUCUAGCGUAUACUCUGCAGAAACUGAAGACUCAAGCUUCCGCAUCGAGUAAACAUUUACUGUUUAUUCAACCAGUCUUCAAGGCCGAGCUGGAAGCUUGUGUGGAACAGUUCCAGAAGGAGAAUGAACAGUUCACAUUUGACUACCGGACGAGAGGUCCCAUGGAACAGAACAUUGACCCACAUGAAGCCUCGGAUCGUUUAGCCCUCUUCAACGCGCGAUUUGAUGACCUCUGGGCAAAAUAUGAGACAUAUUCCGAGGGCGAGCGACUAUUUGGCCUGCCGGUUCGUGAGUACCCGGACUUGCACACCAUCCAGAAGGAGUUGGGUCUGCUUCAAAAGUUGUACCAACUCUACAACUCCGUGCUAGACACUAUUGGUGGAUAUUACAAUACGCCAUGGACGAAUAUCGACAUUGAGAUGAUUAAUCAGCAGUUGAUAGACUUCCAGACAAGAUGUAGACGGUUACCGAAGGGUUUGAAAGAAUGGCCAGCAUACGAGGCAUUACAGAAGAAGAUUGAUGACUUUAAUGAGACCUGCCCACUGUUGGAAAUGAUGGCAAAUAAGUCGAUGCUGCCUCGACACUGGAAACGAAUAGAGACGGUAACAAACUGUCAACUCGACGUGUAUGCGGAGGGCUUCCUGUUGAAAAAUCUAAUGGAACUUCCAUUACUGGAGCACAAGGAAGAUAUUGAAGAUAUAUGCACCUCAUCGGUGAAAGAACGCGAUAUCGAAGCCAAAUUGAAGUCCAUAAUUAAUGACUGGACGGCCCAGGAAUUCCAGUUCUCUGUGUUUAAAAAUCGAGGAGAAUUGCUUUUCAAGGGCGACGUGGCGAUAGAAGCGAUAGCUCUGCUGGAGGACUCCCUCAUGGCGUUGAGUUCGCUGCUCUCCAACCGCUACAACGCUCCCUUCAAACCGCGUAUUCAAGAGUGGGUGCACAAACUCACCACAACCAACGAGGUCAUUGAGAAUCUCUUCAAGGUCCAGAAUCUGUGGGUCUACCUCGAAGCGGUCUUUGUGGGUGGCGAUAUCGCAAAACAACUGCCGCAGGAGGCGAAGCGCUUUGCCACCAUUGACAAAUCCUGGCAACGCGUGGUUCAACGUGCCCACGAGACCUCCAACAUGGUGGCCUGUUGCUCUGUGGAUGACACGCUGACCCAGGUGCUGCCCUACCUGUUGGAACAACUGGAGGUGUGCCAAAAGUCCCUGACCGGCUACUUGGAGUCCAAACGUCUCGUCUUCCCUCGCUUCUUCUUCGUCUCCGACCCAGCACUGUUGGAAAUCCUAGGCCAAGCCUCUGAUUCCCACACCAUUCAGGCUCACCUCCUCUCUGUCUUCGAUAGCAUUAAAUCAGUCACUUUCGAUGAGACCGUCUAUGAUCGGAUUCUCGCUGUUAAUUCAACCAAUGAAACCAUUGAACUUGAAGCUCCAGUUAUGGCUCAGGGUCACGUUGAGGUGUGGUUGGGUGAGCUAUUAAAGAUGGCCCAAGAGUCACUGCGUCAGGUCAUCCACAGCGCCUAUUGUGUGCUCAAUGAUGAGGAGAACUUCGAUUUGCUGAAAUUCGAAGACUCAUUCAUAGCACAGGUGGGUCUCCUCGGCCUUCAGUUGUUAUGGACGCGUGAUGCUGAAGACGCGCUCAGCAACGCACGCACCAACCCGGCGGCAAUGCGAGAGACCAACUUGCGUUUCCUCAAGAUCCUCAAUCAGUUGAUCGAGGUCACGACCAAGGAGCUAACUCCACUGGAGAGAACUAAGUAUGAGACUCUCAUUACAAUCCACGUUCAUCAGAAGGACAUUUUUGAUGAUUUGGUGAAAAUGCGGGUCAAAUCGCCGACGGACUUGGAGUGGCUGAAGCAGUCACGCUCGUACUACAAUGAAGAGAGAGAGCAGUACAUAGUGAGCAUCACCGAUGUUGACUUCAUCUACCAGAAUGAAUUCCUUGGCUGCACCGACCGAUUGGUCAUCACGCCUCUUACGGAUAGAUGCUACAUCACCCUGGCUCAAGCCCUGGGCAUGUCGCUGGGUGGGGCCCCGGCAGGUCCUGCAGGCACGGGCAAGACAGAGACAGUGAAGGAUAUGGGACGAUGCCUGGGGAAGUACGUGGUGGUCUUCAAUUGCUCCGAUCAAAUGGACUAUCGCGGUUUAGGCCGCAUCUUCAAGGGUCUCGCGCAGUCGGGUGCUUGGGGUUGCUUCGAUGAGUUCAAUCGCAUCGAACUACCUGUCCUCUCGGUGGCUGCACAGCAGAUCGCCAUUGUGUUGGCCUGCAAAAAGGAGCGCAAACAUCAAUUCGUCUUCAGUGACGGUGAUGUGGUCGAUAUGAAUCCCGAGUUUGGCAUCUUUCUCACUAUGAAUCCCGGUUAUGCAGGACGUCAGGAGCUGCCAGAAAAUUUAAAAAUCAACUUUCGUACUGUCUCAAUGAUGGUGCCAGACAGACAAAUAAUCAUUCGUGUCAAGUUGGCAGCCUGCGGUUUCUUAAAGAACAUCGAAUUAGCCGCCAAAUUCUACACGCUGUACAAACUCUGUGAAGAACAGCUUUCAAAACAAGUACACUACGACUUUGGACUGCGAAAUAUUCUCUCGGUGCUGCGCACCCUGGGCGCCUUUAAGCGGGCCAAUACGGACCAGUCGGAGCCGAUCUGCGUGAUGCGCGUGCUACGCGACAUGAAUGUGAGCAAGUUGGUGGACGAGGACGAGCCCCUUUUCAUGUCUCUCAUCGAUGACCUUUUCCCUGGCAUGCACCUUGAAAAGAAGGGCUAUCCCAGCAUGGAGGCUGCAAUCAAAAAAGAGGUAGAAGAUCAGCAACUCAUAUUCCAUCCACCCUGGGUGCUCAAACUUAUCCAAAUGUACGAGACCCAACGCGUUCGCCAUGGAUUUAUGGCUCUAGGUCCCUCGGGAUCUGGGAAAACCUGUUGCAUCACCACUCUCCUUGCUGCCAUGACAGCGGAGACCGGAGUUCCCUAUCGGGAGAUGCGUAUGAAUCCAAAGGCUAUCACAGCUCCCCAGAUGUUUGGUCGUCUCGAUGUGGCUACUAACGACUGGACGGAUGGAAUCUUUUCCACUUUAUGGCGUAGAACCACGAGGUUGAAGAAGGCGGAACAUUGUUGGAUUGUGCUAGACGGUCCAGUGGAUGCAAUUUGGAUUGAGAAUUUGAAUUCUGUUUUGGAUGAUAAUAAGACUCUAACACUGGCCAAUGGUGAUCGCAUUCCCAUGGCACCGAAUGCAAAGAUUGUCUUUGAGGUGCACAAUAUUGACAAUGCUUCACCCGCUACGGUGUCGAGGAAUGGGAUGAUUUAUAUGUCCAGCUCAAUUCUAAACUGGAAACCGAUUAUUCAAGCAUGGCUACUGAGAAAGUCACCGAAGACCAGAGAGGUAGUGAUGAGCAUUCUAGAAAAAUUCUUUGAAGACGCCUAUCGCUACGUAAUCGAAAAUCUGAAGGCAAAAAUGGAGCUGCUUGAAUGCAACUAUAUCAAGCAGAUAAUCGAUCUUCUGGAAGGUCAGCUGCAGGAUCGUGACGAGAAGGAACUACCCGAUGAAUGUCUCAGAAAGCUGGUCAUUUUCGCCUCUAUGUGGUCUCUCGGUGCUCCUUUAGAGUUGGAAGAACGCGGCAAGUUGGAGCAGCUUCUUCGAACGAAUCAUGCUGAUCUCCCACUCCCCGAAGUCACCAAAGGCGACACUGCCCAGACCAUGUUCGAGUUUCUGGUUGAUAACGAUGGCAACUGGCAGCAUUGGAGCAGCAGAGUUGAAGACUACGUCUAUCCUCAUGAUUCCACCCCCGAUUAUACGAAGAUUCUUGUCCCCAAUGUGGAUAAUACGCGGACAGAAUUCCUUAUUCAUACUAUAGCUAAGCAAGCAAAACCAGUUCUUCUCAUCGGUGUGCAGGGAAGCGCAAAGACGGUGAUGGUAAAAGGCUACUGUGGUCGCAGUGAUCCAGAAACGCAUCUAGUGAAGACUGUAAACUUCUCCUACGCCACUACGCCAAAUAUGUUCCAAAGGACUGUGGAGAGUUUUGUGGAGAAGCGGGUAAUCGCAGCAAUGAUUCAUCCUGGUGGAGGUAGGAACGACAUUCCACAGCGUCUCAAACGCCAUUUCUCCGUUUUCAAUUGCACCCUUCCAAGCGACACCUCCAUGGAUCGAAUUUUUAGCUGUCUGGCGGAAGGUCACUUCUGUGAAGAACGUAGCUUUCUGGCUGAAGUGCGUAAUCUUGCCAGAACCCUAGUUUCCUCCACACGUCUCCUAUGGCAACGUGUCAAAGCGAAGAUGCUCCCUACUCCUGCAAAAUUCCACUACGUCUUUGAUCUUCGUGACAUCAGUCGAGUAUGGCAGGGAAUGCUUCGAGCAGAAGCCGAGGUCAUUUCAACACCACAGCGCCUUCUAGCUUUGUGGUGGCAUGAGGUCAGCCGGGUCAUCGCCGAUCGAUUUAUUGAUUUCGAUGAGAAGAAGUGGUUUGUGAACGCGUUGAAACAGACGGGAGAAGAGGUGGGAGGUGCUACUGUGGCCUCAGAACUAUGCUCCAAGGAACCCUUCUUCGUGGAUUUCUUGCGCGACCCACCAGAGGCGACUGGUGAUGAACCCGAUGAUUUUGUCUUUGAGGCACCGAAGAUCUAUGAACCAGUGGAUGGUCUUGAAGCACUGGCGAAUAGGUUGAGCCACUUUCAGACCAUGUACAAUGAGACAACUCGUGGGACGAAGUUGGAUCUGGUUUUCUUUGCUGACGCAAUGAUCCAUUUGGUAAAGAUCUGUCGAAUACUACGACUACCGAAGGGACACGCACUCCUAGUUGGUGUUGGGGGCUCGGGAAAGCAAUCACUAACAAAGCUGGCCACCUUCAUUGUCGGCUAUCAGAAUUUCCAAAUUACACUGACCAGAUCCUACAACGUGUCCAAUCUGAUGGACGAUCUAAAGAUCCUCUACCGUCUCGCGGGCCACGAGGAUAAAGGUGUAACUUUCAUCUUUUCCGACAAUGAUGUAAAGGAGGAGGCCUUUCUGGAACCCCUCAACAACAUGCUCGCCUCCGGUGAGGUGGCGGGGCUCUUCGCCCGCGACGAAAUCGAUGAGAUACUUAGUGACCUUGCCCAGCCAAUGAAACACGAGUGUCCGCGCGUACCACCGACCAAUGAGAACUUGUACGAGUACUACAUGCGACGAGUGUCGCGAAAUCUGCACGUCUGCCUCUGCUUCUCGCCGAUUGGACAAAAAUUCCGCACGAGGAGCUUGCGAUUCAAGAGUCUCAUUUCGGGAUGCACCAUGGACUGGUUCCAGCCAUGGCCGCGGGAAGCUCUGGUGGCGGUGUCUCAGCACUUGUUAAAGGGAUUUGACAUAGUUUGUAGAUCUGAAGAAGCGAUUAUCAAGUCGGUGCUAGUAAAUAUUAUGGGGAUGUUCCACCGCAUGCGUCGCCAGACCUACGUCACUCCCAAAUCCUACCUCUCCUUCGUCACCACCUACAAAUCCACCUACUCCACCAAGCGUGGUGAAAUAGACGCUCUAGCCAGUCGAAUGGUCUCUGGGCUGGAAAAGCUCUCUGAAGCGACGGAGGCGGUAAAUAAGCUCUCCGAGGGCCUCGUUGUCAUGGAGCGUGAAUUGGCAGCAGCCAAUCAAAAGGCGGAAGCCGUGCUCACCCGGGUAAAGGAGCAAGCCCAUGCUGCACAGGCUGUCAAGGAGCAGGUGCAGGUGGUGAAAGAUCGGGCAGAGAAGCUGGUGGAGGCAAUUAGCAAAGACAAGGGUAUUGCAGAGGAGAGACUAGAGGCGGCUAGACCUGCUUUAGAGGAGGCUGAAGAGGCACUGAAAACCAUUAAACCGGCUCAUAUUGCCACCGUUCGGAAGUUGGGCCGGCCACCACACCUCAUCAUGCGAAUCAUGGACUGUGUACUGAUUCUCUUCCGUAAGCCCCUGGACGCGGUCACUCCGGAUCCAGAGAAGCCAUGCCCCAAACCGUCAUGGACGGAGGCUCUUAAACUCAUGGGAAAUACCGCUUUCCUCUCUAAUUUACUCAAUUUUUCCAAAAUGGACGACUUCAAUCUUGAACAAGCCAAACGUGUUUGUGGUGAUGUUGCAGGUCUGUGUUCGUGGACCAAAGCAAUGGCCGCAUUCUUUGCAGUGAAUAAAGAAGUUAUUCCCCUAAAGGAGACUCGACUGGCCCAAGCCAAUGCAGAAUUAAGUGACGCCCAAGCACAACUGGACGAAAAGCAGGCUGAAUUGGAUCGAGUUCAAGCUGAAUAUGACAAGGCGAUGGCGGAGAAGCAGCGACUUGCCGACGAUGCCGAAGCCUGUCGACGCAAAAUGGCCAACGCUACCGCGCUGAUUGAAGGACUUUCCGGUGAAAAGGUUCGGUGGACAGAAGCGAAAGCCCAAUUUCAAACGCAGAUUGAAAACCUGGUUGGCGAUGUUUUGUUAGCCACAGCCUUCCUCUCCUAUGCUGGACCAUUUAAUCAAGAAUUUCGUAACCUCCUUAAUCAACAGUGGGAUAAUGAGUUGUCUCGAACUAGUAUUCCCCGAUCACCGGAUUUAAAUAUCGUCAGUAUGCUUGUGGAUAAUACAAUGCUAGGCUUGUGGAAUCUCCAGGGUCUACCUGGAGAUGAUCUCUCUAUUCAGAACGGGUUGAUUGUGACAAUGGCUAGUCGAUUUCCGUUACUCAUCGAUCCGCAAGGUCAAGGCAAAGCCUGGAUCAUCAACAGAGAGGCUGAUUCCAACCUUAUGGUGAGUUCACUGAACCACAAGUACUUUCGGAGCCACCUGGAGGAUGCUCUGUCACAAGGUCGCCCAAUGCUGAUAGCAGACGUGGGUGAGGAGCUCGAUCCAGCCCUUGAUCACGUUUUGGAGCGCGAUUUCGUACGCGUGGGCACUGGCUACAAGGUUCGAGUUGGUGACAAGGAAGUGGACGUGGAUGUAGAGGGCUUCCGGUUAUACAUCACUACCAAACUCCCCAAUCCGCUCUACAGUCCUGAAGUCUUUGCUCGAACCUCUACGGUUGAUUUUACCGUCACUCAGAGGGGUCUGGAGGAUCAACUGUUGAGGGUAGUCAUUCUGACAGAAAAGAAGGAACUUGAAGCCGAGCGAACAAGCCUGCUAGAAGAGGUUACCUCUAACAAACAAAAGGUUAAGGACCUUGAGGACAGCCUCCUUCUUCGUCUCACUUCUACGGAAGGUAGUCUAGUGGAGGACGAGUCCUUGAUCAAGGUUCUUCGAGUCACCAAGGCUACGGCAGAAGAGGUUCGAAACAAGCUCCUAACCGCCGCUGAGACCGAGUUGAAAAUCAAUACGGCGCGGGAGCAGUAUAGACCAGUGGCGACGCGUGGAUCCAUUCUCUACUUCCUCAUUGUAGAGAUGUCCAUGGUGAAUGUGAUGUACCAGACUUCGCUGCGUCAGUUCCUCGAGAGGUUCGAUCUCUCCAUGUCAAAGUCGCCGGGAUCACCGGUUACACAUAAACGGAUCAGGAGUAUCAUCGAUCACCUCAUGUUAGAUGUUUUUCGUUAUAUUGCCCGAGGGCUGUAUGAAAAGGACAAGUUCACCUUCACUCUACUGUUGGCAUUGAAGGUGGCUUUACAGGAGAAGAAAAUUUCCAUAGAAGAGUUUCAGAUAUUCAUAAAAGGAGGCGCUGCUUUGGACUUAAAUGCAGUUGAGCAGAAACCGCGACAGUGGAUUCAAGACAUGACUUGGCUUAACCUCGUUGAACUCAGUCGACUCUCAGCUUUCGCUAAUAUUCUUAAGGACAUUCCACGCAAAGAAAAGUCUUGGAAGCACUGGUUCGAUAGUGACUCUCCCGAAGACAACGUCCUUCCGGCUCCCUACGAGGUAGCCUUGGAGGGUCAGACCUUUCAACGUCUGCUUCUGGUGCGCUGUUGGUGUCUGGAUCGCUGCCUUCCUAUGUCACGACGUUUCAUCAAGGAGAUGCUCGGCGAAGCCUUCGUGGACCCCGUCAUCACGGACUUGGAGACGAUGGUACUGCAGGACUCAGACCCGCACACUCCACUUAUCUGCUUCCUCUCCAUGGGAUCGGAUCCCACAGAGAAUAUUGAACGACUGGCUAAACGCCGUGGGCUAGCCUACGGGGCAGUUUCGAUGGGUCAAGGUCAGGAGGUGCACGCCAGGCGGCUCAUCGCAGGUAGCAUGACUGAAGGCAAAUGGGUUCUCCUACAGAACUGCCACCUUGGUCUCAACUUCAUGGAUGAACUGUUAGAUUUGGGAAUCUCUUGGCCAACAAUCCGCUACAUGAUCGGUGAGGUUCAGUACGGUGGUCGAGUGACUGACGACUAUGAUAAACGUUUGUUGAACACCUAUGCACAGGUCUGGUUUACCGACCGCAUCUUCAUGGACGACUUCCAAUUCUACACAGGCUACGGUAUUCCAAAAGCACGGACUGUGGAGGAGUAUCAGACCCGAAUCUCCGAAUUGCCCGCUACUGAUUCACCCGAGUGCUUCGGUCUUCACCCUAACGCAGACAUCACGUGUCAAACGAACAAUGCUUUGGCUGUACUCACAACGAUUGCAAAUAUUCAACCCAAGGAUAGUUCUGGUGGAGGUGGUGAAACACGGGAGACCUUUGUCAAUAAAAUGGCUGAAGAAAUGCUCUCCAAACUGCCGCCUGAUUACAAUCCUUUCGAAGUGAAAGAGCUGUUACAACAACUGGACCAUCUCAAACCACUGCACAUCUGUCUGCGUCAUGAACUGGAUCGCAUUCAGCGGGUGAUAAGUUUGGUGCGCAGUACCCUGAGCGAUCUAAAGCUAGCCAUCGACGGGACGAUCAUCAUGUCGGAGAACCUGCGUGACGCUCUCGACAACAUCUACGAUGCUCGCAUUCCCGCUAUGUGGAAGAAGGUCAUUUACAUAUCGUGA